AUGGCCGACAUUCUGAGUAUCGGCGGUGAGCCGAUCUUCGACGAGCGCAUCGUCGGAAUCGAGACUCACAUGUAUAACCCGUACGUCAACACGACGUUCGGGCACAACGACGAGAUACGAAUAACCAUACAGCAGCAGGAUCUGUAUACACUGCCGUGCGACAGUUUCCUCACGAUAAAGAACGUGUCGCUGACCGCCGAACGAGCCAGGAGAGCCCAUCCCGUCAAUUCAACUUUUACGCCUUUGAAUAUUUUCUUGGGUUUCUGCGAGGACUACAAACGCGUGGUGAUAAACACGCGAUACAAACUUAUCCUGAUACGCUCUCGUAGCGACCACAACUGCGUCGUAGAUCCGAAGAAAAUCGUACCGAGAGAUCCGGCCAAGGAUCCUAAAAUUACACUACUAAAAGUACAAUGGCGUAUGCCGCACGUGGCGUUAAACGACGUGACUAAACUGUUGCUAUUGCGAACGUUGGAGAGCGGACGAUUUCUGAGCGCGGGCUUUCGCUCUUGGGACCUACCGGACGGCGAAACGAAUUUACGGUUCGAUCAUUGCGCGCUCGCCAACGUGAAAUUGUAUCUCAACUCGGAAUUCUAUCCCUACGACGACGUGAACGCGGAUUUCGAGAGCGACAAGUUUGCCGUGCUGUACGAGAUGUACGCGAAAUUUCGAGGAGCGUACUACGGGGACAGUCGCGACGACGCGCUCUUCUCCCCGCGCGAAUUCGCGCGUGUAGCUCCGCUCGUGGUGAUUGAUUGUUCCCGCCAAAACGAAGCGGUGAAGAGCGCCACCGUGGACGUGCGCAUCGAAUUCAAAUGCAAGGAAAACGUUCCGCCGAAGACCACCGCCUUUUGUCUCAUCGUUCACGAUCGCGUCAUUGAGGUCCACUGA